AACUGUGUAGCUGCACAGACUGCGAAGAAAAGUCGCGACACUCCACUUUCUUUCAUACAUCUGUCGUGUUUGACUUGGAAGUAAGUUCGAGUUUGAGACGCCGGGUGGAGUAUCGGAGAGUUCGGCUGUGAAGCAAUCCAGAGCUGCUGUAACUCUUCUCUACCUGCAUCUGCCACCUGGAACUUCCUGUCUGCUGCGACGUGGUGAUAAGGAGUGAAACGUUCUCUGUGUUUCAGCUUUACGCUUGGGACUCAUACUCAGUAACUCCGGUAGUUGUUCGUUUGCAAGUGCGAACUGUUCCGACUCACUGGCGUGGUAGUCGUACUUGUAUUCUGUGUGCUUCGUUGUAGCAAACACAAAGGAGAGCUUGUACCGGCAUCGGAAUGUCUAGCGGGCGCUACGCACCUCUUGCGACGAGCUCAAACGACAGUGUCGAUCACCAGUAUCGAGAGGAUGCCUUCGCGUCUCGGGGAUUUGGUGCUGACCCGGCGAGUAGGCAGAUGAGCUGGGGCCAUGCACAGCACCUUCAUCAUCAGCAUCAGAGAGAACUUGGUCUGGUGGAGAAAGGCAAGCGCCAGUACUGGACGGGCAAACAGUACAUGCGUGAGAAGAUGGGCAAAGAGCAGGACGAACAUCAGAUGGCGGAUGAUGCGGAGCUAGACUCUCAGAUGGAGCGUACCAGGCACAUUCAGAAGCAGUGCUAUGCCUUGUGCAGAGCACUCUUGCAAUAUCAAGAAGUUGUACAGCAACUAACCAGUCGCCAGGUAGCGCUGAGCGCACUGCUGCGGGCGUAUGCCGAAAGCGAAGCGGAUGGCCCUUGCUCGGAGAUGAUGAGUCGCCUGGGCACGGUGAUGCAGGAUGAAGCGGUACAGUGGCUCGAACUCGAUGUGCCACUGACCCGCUUCUUCUCGGAGGUAGAGACAUUCCGCGGCCGAGCCUUGGUCGACACACUGAUCAACGUCAAUCAGGUGACUCAAGAGAGACGCAAGUUCCGUGGAGCUUUGCUGUGGAUGGCGGAUGCAUCUCGGAACCUGGAUCCGGACACACGCAAACACCUGACCAAGUUCCGACAAGCACAACAAAUGGCAAGAGAGUCGCGACAGGAAUUUGAAAACAAGAAGGGCACGGUGUGCGAGAAGGUCGACUUGUUAGCGGCCAGCUUCUGCAAUCUCCUCUCGCAUGCCAUGACGCCGUACCAGAAAGCACUAGGAAGGCAGUGGAGUAGCAGUGCCGCUCAGUAUUGCAAGCUACUGGAGUGGUCUCGAGAAACGCUACGGCACCAGUACCGCCUGCAGCGCGACGUGCUCCGGGACCAAGAAAGGCUCAAGGUUGUGCCAGGUGAUCUGCUGGGCUCAACCGGUGCUUCCAGUGAGGCGGACACGGCUACGUCUGGAAAUCCAACGAGUGAGUCAUGGAGUGAAGGGCGAAUGCUCACUGUCCUUGGGGAAGCUUCACCAGCUGCUGUGCAACCGAAGACCAUUGAAGAAGCCAAAGAGGCUCUGGAAGAAGAUGAGAAUGACCUUGAAGGCAAGAGCAAUACUGCACGCCAAGGCAUACCAGCGACUUCUGCUCAAAGUAGUGCUUCUACUGGUGAUGCUAUGGCCAGUGAAUCAGUAGCCAGUAGAGAUCAGGACAGCACUGGGGGGACUGAUCCUAAAGCAACGACUUCCGUUGAUACUAAACAGUAUCCUGAUUACAGUUGGCUUGAGCUGAUGACAGAAGGCUCAGCCGCCUCUGCAAUGGCAGAUUUUUCCACGGACAUGCAGUCGCAAGUCCAGAAGACUCUACUUGAUCUAGCAAGGACAUCAACUAGUGCUGAGCACACGGCGCAUGCAACUGCAGAAGCACACGGUGAAAGCAGUGCAGCUGGUGUUGAUCUCUUGGCAUACGAAAUGUCAGGUGCCGACCAGAGUCUACAUGGUACCAGUGGAAUGCGCCAGUUGACCAAUGAUGAGGCACAGCUUGACAAGGUGGUUCCGAUCAGUAGUGUGCUCAGGCAUCGGCAAGAGAUGGACAUGCAGGCUGAAACCCGCUUGGAAAAGGAGCUUGCACAAAUGGUCGAUGACUUCAGCUCCCUGUCGGCACCACCAGGGGCAGCGGCGUCGCAGCCGGUGGCAGGCCUGCAGUCCUUGCCAAGCGACCUGUUUUCGUCUCUAGCUCCCGGUGGCUCGGCCGCGGGCACGCUGCCCAGUGACCUGUUGGAUGUUGGCGGUGAUGUCACAUCGAUGAUGAAUGUAUUCAACAUUGUCCCAAGCAUGGCCGCACCACAACCACCACUUGCAGCAACUUCAGCAUCAUCAACAGCCAGUCAACUGGCUGGACUAUCUGCGUCGGCACAAUCAGGAGUUGCACCUGGCAGCCAUCCAACAUCGGAAACACAAGGAAAGGGCUCACAUGCAGCAAGUGGAGGUGCAAGCAACACAGCAGCACCAGGACAGCACAAUAGCGGGGGUCGCGCAACCUCACAAACUGGAGCUACCCGUCAGAAAUGGUUUGACCUUUUUUCGGAACUUGAUCCUCUUGCGAAUCCUGAUGACCUCCACCUUGGCGAUGAUGCUGCUGAUGGGCAAGCAGCAGAUGACAACACGACCAAAAAAUUGGCACUCUGAUGAAACUAGAUUUCUUCAGUUUCUUCCUUUCUCCAGAGGUCUUCUGCGUCUGAUUUUGCAGAUGACACGUUGAGUUGAAAUGUACAUUCAGUUUGUUUCUUCAUCUUUUUUUUCCCUGUAACUAGCCAUUCUGGUCAUACGUGUACAGUCCUUUAUUCAGACUGAAUGUUCACCGUGCCAGGCAACUCUCUCCUGCUGGUCAUUGCAUGAUCCCAGCCAUCAGCCCUAAGUGUUUGCCAGCUAAGUUGGUACCCGCUGACAGUGUGCCGCGAUUUGUCUUUCUACGACGAGCUUUUGUCCUGAACUAUUUUCAUCUCAGUGGGUUGACUUGAUUGUAAACCCUAAGAAAGUUUGGUAUUUUUUUGAUCCGCUGUUGCUUGUACUAAUGCUGCCGUGCAGAGCCGAGGUACUGAUGUUUCCUUACUGGAGAUGCCAAACAUAGCCAGAGUGACCAUGCGAUCCGAAACUCUGCAGCUGCUUACUUGCACUGUAGAUGCAUGCGCAUACAUUGUAUGAGCUGUUUGUGCGUAAGGCCUUCAUAAAUUUAACUAGUAUAAUUAUUGAGUCACACGACACAAUGUGAAGGGUCGAUAUGCAGGAUUAAAGCCGGAAAGAGUUAUGAACUCCA